UACUGUACCAUGUUGUAUACAUCUACUGACAAAUCUAGUUCAAGUUGUUUCUAGAGGAGACACACACUAACAAUUGUCACUGAAGAAUGGGUGUCAGUGUGAUGAUGAAUCCUGCUAUUCAAUCUCAGAGAUGCCCUGCUUUUCAUCUGCCUAGAUUGCCCAGUUCAGGAUGUUUUAAGGUUUCCAUGGCUUCCACUCUACACUCCCCCUCCAAGGUUGCUGUGAAGAAGCCAUUUAGCCCUCCAAGAGAAAUACCUUUCCAGGUGAAACACUCCAUGCCUGAGGAAAAGAUCGAGAUGUUCAAAUCCUUGGAGCCUUGGGCUGAGCGCAACAUUCUGCCUCUCCUUAAGCCAGUAGAGUCCUGUUGGCAACCUCAGGACUUUCUGCCCAAUCCAGCAUCCGAAGGCUUUGAUGAUCAAGUCGAGGAGCUUCGACAGAGGGCAAAGGAGCUUCCAGACGACUACUUCGUUGUAUUGGUGGGAGACAUGAUCACAGAAGAAGCUCUGCCCACAUAUCAAACAAUGAUCAAUACUCUGGAUGGAGUUAGAGAUGAAACAGGGGCAAGCACUACACCUUGGGGGAUCUGGACCAGGGCUUGGACUGCUGAGGAAAACAGGCAUGGGGAUCUUCUCAAUAAGUAUCUUUACCUUUCGGGUCGAGUUGAUAUGAGGCAAAUUGAGAAGACAAUUCAGUAUCUAAUCGGAACAGGAAUGAAUCCAAAAACAGAGAAUAAUCCCUAUCUGGGAUUCAUCUUCACAUCCUUCCAAGAGAGGGCAACUUUUAUUUCGCAUGGAAACACAGCCAGGCAUGCCAAGGAGCACGGGAAUCUGAAGCUGGCUCAACUGUGUGGCAUGAUUGCCUCUGAUGAAAAACGCCAUGAAACGGCUUACACCAAGAUAGUUGAGAAGCUUUUCGAGGUUGACCCUGACGGGACUAUUCAGGCUUUGGCGGACAUGAUGCAGAAGAAAAUCAGCAUGCCGGCUCAUUUGAUGUAUGAUGGCAGAAACGAAAACCUUUUCGACCACUUCUCAGCUGUUGCUCAGAGGCUUCAAGUCUACACAGCCAAGGACUAUGCAGAUAUACUAGAAUUUCUCGUCGGUAGGUGGAAAGUGGCUGAUUUGACAACGGGAUUAACCGGAGAAGGCCGGAAAGCUCAGGACUAUGUUUGCGGGUUGGCUACAAGAAUCAGGAGGAUUCAAGAGCGAGCUGAAGGAAGAGCCAAGGAAGCAGGAACUGCGCGAAUCAGUUGGAUCUUUGACAAAGAAGUGAAGCUCUAAAUGCACAAAGGCGCCAAAUUUUCACAAUGCAAGUGGAAACUAGUAUUGUUGAUAGGCAUUCCAUAUGUUCGUUUAACAAUGUAGAUACAAUUGUGCUCUUUCUUCUCCUUGUGUGCUGUCUGUAGGUUUUGACUGCACAUUGGUUUCAGGAUUUGUGUUUUCUUAAUCGGAUUUGGUUUCAGGA